GGCCCAGUUGAUCUCAGAGUCAGAGGCCAUUUGGUCUCAGAGUCAGAGACCAGGUGGUCCCGAAAUCAGGAGGGACCAGUUGCUCGUCGAGUCAGGAAUUAGUUGGUCCAGGAGUCUGGGACAUUUCGCCCCAGAAACAGGGACCAGUGGGUUCCUGACUAAUGGACCAGUAGGUAACAGACUAAGGAGGGAUCAGUUGAUCUUCGAGUCAGGGACUAGUUGGUCCCACAGUCAGGGAUCAGGUAGUCUCAGUGCCAGGGACCAGUUGGUCUCAAGGUCAGGGACCAGUUGGUCUCAGAAUCAGGGACCAAAUGGUCCCGGA